AUGGAAGUGGAGUCAUGGAUCACCGAAGACGUGCGACUCGAGCUCCCACGGACGCGUGAAUUCAGGGCAUACGUUCCAGAGGAACGAGUGGCCAGGUCUGACUUUCAAGAAUUGAUCGACCGCUCAAGAUAUAUGGAACGUAUAUUAAAGCGUACCAUUGAAGGAAUUCGACUUGAUACAAAGAGCCUUGCCAAACUCGCCGAUACACUUGAUGCAGACGGCAGUAGUGCGUGCGUUGUUGCCCCGGACGCCCAAGAAGUCGAAGGAUUAGUGAUGGACGAUGAGGCCUGUACAAUGGAUCCGGUAGGAGAUAACACUACACACUUUUCCGGGGAGUUUUCUUAUUGGAAUUUCUCUAUGCGGCUAAAGCAGCACAUUGAGCAAAUGGGGGGAUUGGAGAGCCGGACAAAUGGAUCUAGCCCUGGAUGGGAUUUCCCACGAGCUCACCAAUUGCGUCCAGGACGUGAUGACCUCUCGGCUGCAAUAUCGUGCUGCCCCCCUCGUCCAAUUGCCGAGUUUUUAGCGAGGAAUUUUUUCAAAUACGCCGAGACUCAUUACUUUUUCGUUGGAAGAACUUGGUUUAUUGACAGAAUGAAUCUUCUCUAUGGCGAUCCCAGCAGUUUUGCCAAGAAGGGGGGCGAAGUGAUCAUCAGCAUCCUGCUUACAGUAUUUGCGAUCGGGUCCCAAUAUGCACACCUUGAAUCCUCGACACAUAGUUCGACCAGCAUGUCAGGUCAGAAUUUCUCGGAAGAAGAUAUCGGGGCGACAUUUUAUCAGCAAGCGAUUCGAUUACUGCCUGAGAUUAUCGAGCUAUCCUCCCUUGAAAGUGUCCAAGCCUGUCUUCUCUUUGGCUACUAUGCACUACCUGUUGAUACUUCGGGCUUGGGGUAUAUUUACGUCAAUCUUGCAAUCCGGCUUGGAAUGCAGAACGGCAUGCAUCGGAGAUGCAAAAAUGAUGCCUUCAGUGCGACUAUGGUUGAGACGCGCAAUCGUGUAUGGUGGACGGCAUACUUACUUGAAAGAAAAAUUUCCAUCUUCCACGGCAGACCUCUUUCAGUGCUCAGAACCGACGUUGAUGCGGCACUCCCUACUUACCGGCCUGAACUAGCAUUGGACGACACUCGCACAAGCGUCGCGCGCGCCGAGGCCUCAGUUCAAUUAAUUCACUUUCUAGAAGACCUGUUUUGUGAUGUAAGCAAUCUUCGCAAUUGCCACAAACAGCACAUCCCUAAAACCAUAUCCCAUCUCUUGACCAGCAAAGCGGCACUGAAAGAGUGGUGGAGCUCUCUACCCCAAGAGGUUGUCAGCAGCGGCUUGCAGCCAAUAGCGCAACUCCGUUCAGUCAUGCAUCUCCAGCUGGAAUAUUGCUUGGUUCGCAUGUUUAUCGGGCGGCCAUUCCUACUAAAGAAAGAUAUUUCCGAAUCGAUGAACAAUUCACCAGCGGACUCGGAACCAAAUACUGCCGACAAGAAUUCAGUCUCCGAUGGUGCAGGCUUCAAGCACCCAUUGAGUCGCAAAGACUUGAUUGACGAUUGUAUCGAGGCAGCAACAGAGGCAUUGGGCAUUCUACAAGAAUUACGGGACUGUGGAGCCGGCCUUGCACGAGCUUCGUACAUUGAAUAUAGCUCAUGCCGAGCGUCGUUGCUUGUUUUGAUUGCCUACUCCAUACAGAACUUCUCCGAGCAAUAUCGGACCUUGCUGUACAAAGGACUGGACAUGAUUCGAGAGAUGUCUGCGGCCGGAGAGUCGGCUCAGUCGGAGGUGUCUUUGAUCGAAACGCUGGAGCGUGCACUUGCGCGUCUCCAUGCUGGAGUCCAGCAGUCUCGGAGCGGGGAUGUGGCUCUAACGGAGCGUCCCAUCUCGGAUUACGAGGCUUUCAAGCAUUGGGGAGCUAGACUCAGAGAAGGGGUCGUCCUUGAAGCAGCCGGUAGUGCUGCAGAUUCUUCUUAUGGCCAGACUGGGGAUCCAGGGCUACCACCUGACCAACCUUCGGGGUUCUAUACUCAGUCCAAUGACCGUCUUAUGAAUAUGGACUACACGCAGGCAUCUUUGGCUGUGUCUGAUCGAGACAUGGGUAUGCUCGGUGUUCUUGACCCCAUCAUCGAUAUACCAUUCUUCGGCGCUGAAAACGCAUCACCAUCAGCGGCGUGGCCCACUUGGACGGAGACCCAAGUGCUGGAACAAUUUCUCACAAGCCCAGAAUAUGGGGCAACCCAG